AUGAACUCGAAACAUGCCUGCGAGAACCUGCGCACGAGCGGCACGACACUCCGAAACGCUCAGAUACCGGCUAUUGCAUACGUCAACAGCGAGUCUCGGCAAAUCGCACUAGAGCAAGGACGCCAAUUAGAGCCGGCUGAUGUGAGACUUAUAAAGUCGAUAUGGGUACAGCCCCAUCGAGAUGUGCUGCAUCUCAACUGGUCGCGGUUGUGCUAUGCUUCCUGGGGAGUUGAUGUAGAUUAUGAAGCCUGGGUCGACGAGUUUCUAUUGCAGGCGAAGAAUCUUGGGAUGCGGCCUUCUAUCACGGCUGCUCUUAUUCACUAUUUCAGCUUGAAGGCCGUGUUGGAUUACGCUGGUGAUGCGAAUUUGCUUCGCAGAUAUGAGCAUUGCGAUCAAGGUAUAUUUGAUAUACCGAAAAUUCAUUAUCACCGCAGAGGGGAGGGAAUUGAUGACGUGCGUGAGAUGGUUGAUAUCCUGCCUUGGGCGAAAGGUCAAUGCAGCAUGCUAGACAUAGCUAUGGUGGGAGUCACUCUGCAUAUUACCAGGGAAGUUGCUCUGAGGUCUGGUCUAUUCGGAUUACUAGGCGAUGCGCCUGUUCAGAUGGUUGAUGUCGAUGAUGAGGCUCGGUUGAGGGAAUACCAUGCACUUUUCCGGGAACACGCAUUAGAAACGGAACCGGUUGUGGAAACACUUUUCGAAACAUUUACCAGUCCUUUAUUCAAAAUGGCUGUGGAGACUUCGAAACGCAAAGCUGAAUGGAUCAUCUACGCGUACAUGUGGCAGUCAGCUCGGGACAGAAAAAUGGACAUUCUUGGGCCGAUCCCGGGCUCUGCUUGGCUGCCUUACCUGCCGGAGCAAAAGUAG